AUGAGGAAGAUCAUCGGGAUAGGGUUAGAUCGAAGCCCCUUCAUCCCUGACAUUCGAGAUGAACCUAAGCCCCGAGACUUUGACUUCCCUAAGGAAUUUAAACCGUAUUCAGGAGACACCGAUGUCUCCCAAUGGCUGCAAGGAUAUUUCCAAGUUAUGAGAAUUCGAAACACAACUAUGAAUUUCAUGGCUAAAGCGCUACCUUCCUACUUGGCGGGAUCAGCACAGCGAUGGUUUGGGCAAUUACCAGAAGGGAGUAUAAUUAGCUUUGAGGAUAUGUCCGUCAAACUAGCUACCCGAUUCUUUCAGAGUAAACGAAUAUCGCGAAUAUCCAUUGACCUCUCCUCAAUCAGAGAAGGGCAACAUGAGAGUCUCACCGACUUCCAUAGACGGUUCAUACAAGAAACCUUGCAGGUUGACAACAUUGAUGAUCGAGAUGUUCGCAAUGGAUUCAUUCAAGGCCUCAACCCCUUUGGAAAAUCCUCAAUGUUGCGAGUCAAGCUCUCGACUAAGCCCCCCAAGAAUGCCCAGGAGAUGUGGGCCAUUGUCGAGAACCACAUACAACGAGAGCACACACUCAAAAGAUCCCAAGAAUCUUUUGCGUCGAUAGGACUAAGAGACAAAUCAAAAGUUUCCAUGGAGAACAAACCGGCGCUGCCCAAGAUGGAUAGGCAGUUAACAUCCCUAACCAAGCCACGACGAGAAAUUCUCCAGAUCCAUAAGGAUGAAUUACCAGUCCUGAAACCUUUGGCACCUAAUCCAAAUAGGGCAAGAGAACAAUAUUGUAAAUAUCACAAGGAUCACGGCCAUGACACAGAGGAUUGUCGAGAAAUUAAGAGGAAAAUCGAGAACGGGGUUAAGUCUAGCAAGUUCCAGCAGUACAUACAAGGAGUCUCUCGGCAGAAGAAUAACAAACCCCAAUCGCAAAAUUACCCUAAAAGAAACUUCAAAGGCCCACCGCGAGGAGAUGACCGGGGGAAUAGUUGGCAACCGAGAGCCAAUACCCAACAACAACCUCACCAAAUUACUGAAGCAACACCACAACAACUCCAGCAACUCCCCCCAGCGGAUCUGAUGAAGCAGAUCACUCACCAGGUAGGGGCUAUUUACGGAGCUCCCCUCGAAGUCUUAUCCACCACGGCCAUGAAGAACUCGUUGCGAACCGUCAGCAAGACUCCUCGACAGGAGCCUAGCCACAAGAGGUUCAAGGGGAUGGAGGCCAUCGUAUUCACAGAUAGUGAUAUAGUCCCAGAUAUCUGUCCGCACAGCGAUGCCAUGGUUAUUGAGGCAAUAAUUGCAAAUGUAAAAGUUGGAAGGGUUUAUGUGGAUAAUGGCAGCGCGGUCAUCAUAUAUAGCGAUUGCUUCAAGAAGAUGAAUAUCAAGAACCCUAGCAUCCGCCCAGCCACAAUGCUCUUGAUGGGAUUAUCGGGUUACACCAUUAUUCCAACAGGAAUAAUUAGCCUCCCCAUCUCGAUAGGGUCGCACCCUAGGACGGUCACUUUAACCAUGGACUUCGCUGUGAUAGAUGCGCCUUCGCCGUUCAACGUGAUUCUGGGACGACCCUAG